ACACAUUGAGAGAGAGAUUUUAGAUUUUAGACAGAGGGUAGGUUGGAAGGAGGGUGACUGUCAAAUCUCCAUAUUCUCUCUCUCUAAAAUUCAUAACUCUUUCUCUUUCUCUUUCUCUCUCCAUCUUUUUUUUUCUGUUUCUUCUCUCUUCAAUCCCUCUCCCUGAAUAUAAUGCUCCCAGAUUUUCAAGAUUGGAGUUGAUUUCAGAGCUUCAAUGGAGGGUAAUGGAGGGGCUCAAUUGGAUGGGAAGGUUUUGCAGACAUUUCAAAAGAGUUUUGUUCAAGUUCAAACCAUUUUGGAUCAUAACAGGGUGUUGAUCAACGAGAUUAAUCAGAAUCACGAGUCGAAGAUCCCUGAUAAUCUGAGUAGAAAUGUGAGUUUGAUCCGAGAAUUAAACAACAAUAUAAAGAAAGUUGUUGAUCUUUACUCUGAUCUUUCGUCAAAUUUUUCAAGAUCGAUUGAUGUUAAUUCAUCUGAAGGGGAUUCAAGAUCAGAUGGAAAAGGUUUGCAGAAGAGAACGAGGCCUGGUUAGAUGAUGAAUUUUCUCUUGUUCUUCGAUUUUCUGUUCUUCAAUUCUUUUUGCAUUGUGGAAAAAAAAAGAAAAAAAAAAGAGAGAGAGAUGAAAAUUGGGCUCCAUUUGUUUGUUUAAUAGAGGAGUAUAUUAUUAAUUGUUAUUAAUUAAAUUAGAUUGUGUAACUCUUUGUUAUUUAGUACUACUUUUGAGAAAUUUAAGAAUAACCUUUGUAAAUCUUUCAAUCUAAUUGGAAUCAAGUUCGUCUUUUUGACUAAA